UCCACCCAUCGUCUCCCAUUCCGCGUCUAGAGUUCUGCAUUUGACAUCGCUUACUCAAACUCACGUUUGACCUGUUUACCAUUUCAGUUCAUUUCUGUAAUAAAGUCAAUCCACCAUGCCCAGGUCAUUCUAGAUUUCUCUCCCAUGAUCCAACACCAAAGGUCUAAGUCUAUAAAGCAUUCUUGUUCGCCCCAUGUUGUCUAACUGGUCUUCUUCCAAGUCCACACUCAUCACAGCAAUAAUAACCGCCUUAUUAGCAGCAAUUUCAGCUAUAUACAUGCACAGCAGCAACAAUAUCAACGCCAACACUCAACAGCCUUCUAUGAAAGCAACAAACAUUCUCAAAUCCACAAUGUCCAGCCUUUCGCACGCAAAGAUUGUCGCCCGUCCCUCCAAGACGAGAGGCGCGGCCAACCAUGGCUGGCUUGACACCAAACACUCUUUUUCUUUUGCCGGGUGGUACGAUCCUAAAUAUACUCAGUUUGGCUCCCUGAGAGUACUCAACGAAGAUCGUGUCCAGGCAGGACAAGGAUUUCCAACCCACUUUCACCAAAAUGCCGAAAUCUUUUCCUACGUCCUCAGUGGAGAAUUGACGCAUCGCGACUCGAUGCAAAAGAAGGGCCAAGAAUCUGACGACAAAGACAAGUUCUUCCGACUUCGUCGUGGAGAUGUCCAGUUUACCACUGGUGGGCGCGGAAUCUCCCACAGUGAAUACAACGAGCAUAAGAAGGACUGGGUCCACUUCUUGCAGAUUUGGGCCUUGCCAUGGAAGAGAAACCUUCCACCCGCGUACCAUACCACCACAUUCGCCGAAGAAGACAAGCGAAAGGGCUUUGUCACCAUCAUCACUCCUCUGAAAGCCGGUCCCAAUGCAACCUUGGAGGAGGAAAAGGCGGCCGUGCCUACGCACGAAGGAACCAUUCCCAUCCAUGCCGACCUUGUUUUUAGUGCAGGAAUCAUUCCUACAGGAGAAGCCUUUACUUAUAACGUCGGUGCUGGAGACGCUGUCUCGUCAAAGACGGGACGAAAUGUAUACAUCCACUUGCCAGAAACAAAAGGUGGCAAGGCCACUAUCCGGCUCGAUGGCCGAGACGAUGCGAUCCUGAAAGAAGGUGACGCAGCGUAUGUCACUCAGGUCAACGCUGCAGAUGCCUUGAAAGUGGAGAACAUUGGCGACGUCGAGGCUGAGGUGGUUGUCAUUGACUCGGAGUAAUCUCGUCACGCCAGCAGGGAAAUUUGUCUAGGAUAAUGGCAUGGCGUUUUGAGUGUACAAUAGCCAAUUUAUGAGCGGGACCUAUGGGUAUUUGAUUUAGAAUAUAUAAGUUUUAUCCUCAAUGUCCAUUGCUCCAUGAGAGAAGCUUGAUCUUG